CUAUGGUUUCAUAAAGUUCAAUGUCUCCAACAAAGAGUUAGGUUAACUCUUAAUUAAUUAAGUAAUUAAUCUUUGCCUUUUGGUUCUUUGGAGUCUUUACUUUUUACUCUAUUUUUUACUUUGUUUCGGCCGGCUACCUUAUAAAAAUGUAAAAGAAAAAUCAGAUCCAUUUCGCAGUUGUUCAGUAUUUUUCCCUAUUCGUGAAUCAUCCUUGGAACUAAUUUUUUUGAGUUUUCGAAUGGGGUCAAAAUGGAUAGGGGUGAAUGCUGUAAUAAUACCGAAGAAAAUGUACAUUUUUCCUAUGAUGAUGAAAGGUUAGAGGAAAAAUUCGAAGUUAUCAACGUUAUUGACCAAUUUAUAGAUGGAGAAAGAAUUCAUGAAAGAGAACUAUAUAUAAUCAAGAAUGAAGAAAAUAACUCAAAUUGCUUACUUGCACAAGUCAAUGCAAAUCCAUUAUCACCUGACGAGAAGAAAAUGCCGCAGAUCAAUAACUCUGAUCCUGCCCAAUUGAAACAUGAAUGUCGAAAAAGUCAUAUGGAAUGUAAUGCUGCAGGUGAAGAAAAUCAUUUUGAGAACCAUAUACAAUGUGAUUAUGCUUUCUGUCUUGAAGGUCGCGAGAAACUACAUGUGAAAUCUAUUCAUUCGAAAAUUAACGAAUACAAGUGUCAUCUAUGUGGGUUUGUUACAAAUAGAAAAAGUAGUAUUCGAAGGCACAUCCACGCUGUUCAUUUAAAUAUCAAGAAACUCAAGUGUCACUUAUGUGAAUAUGCUACAAAUGAUAAAAGGUACCUUGACUCACAUGUAAAAGUUGUUCAUUUGAAAGUUGAUGAAAAAGUCAAGAUGUAUGAGUGCCACUUGUGUGAGUAUACGGCGAAGGCCAAGAAGAACCUUGGAAGACAUAUAAAAUCUGUUCAUUUGAGAAUUAGGGAUCACAAAUGUCACUUGUGUGAUUAUGCUGGAAGUGAAAAAGGGGACCUUAAAAGACAUGUAAAAUCUGUUCAUUUAGGUACUAAGGAUCACAAGUGUCACUUGUGCGAAUUUGCUACAAGUAAUAAAUCACGACUUAGAUUACAUGUGAAAUCUGUUCAUUUGAGAAUAAGGGAUCUUAAAUGCCACUUGUGUGAAUAUGCUACAGGUAACAAAGCACAACUUGAAUCACAUAUAAAAUCUGUCCAUUUGAAAAUUAAAGAUCACACGUGCCACUUGUGUGAAUAUGCUGUGAAUGUUAAAAGGGACCUUGAAAAACAUGUAAAAACCGUUCAUUUGAGAAUUAAGGAUCACAAAUGACGUAGUCUUGUGUGAAUAUACUGUGAGUGAGAAAAGAAGAUUUUUAAUUAAUUAAUGUCCAUUUGAAAAUUAAUCAAAUAAAGUGUUUGUUACUGCAAUUAUCAA